AUCAUAGAAUCCCUACAAUGUGGAAACAGGCCCUUCGGCCCAACAAGUCCACACCGACCCUCGGAGCAUCCCACCCAGACCCAUCCCUCUAUAACGCACCUAAUCUACACAUCCCUGAUCCCUAUGGGAAAUUUAGCAUGGUCGAUCCACCUAGACUGCACAUCUUUGGACUGUGGGAGGAAACUGGAAUACCCGGACGAAACCCACACAGGCACAGGGAGAACGUGCAAACUCCACACAGACGGUCGCCCGAGGGUGGAAAUGAACCCGGGUUCCUGGCGCUGUGAGGCAGCAGUGUUAACCACUGAGCCGCCGUGACACCCAUUUGUACAAUGGAUAUAAAUGAAAGCGGCAGUGUUGUGCCUUUAGAAAGAGUGCAACCUGUACAACCUCCAGUUCAAGCUAUUGCAGUGAAAGGCUAUUUCUUAACCCUCUGGUUUGGAAUUCCAUUUUACAAUGUGUACAAGCAUCAUGUGAGAUGUGGGCCUGACAAUGGAAAUUAUGCUGGGCUGCAAAUACAAGGAAGAAAGUUGAUAAAGAGCCCAAAUGGAAGAAGAGAAUUCAUCCAAAGAUUAAAACUUGAAGCUAAAUUGAGCGUGCAUGAUGGUUGUGUAAACACAAUUUGCUGGAAUGAUACAGGAGAGUAUAUUUUAUCAGGAUCCGAUGACACCAACCUAGUGAUAACCAAUCCAUAUAGUAGAAAGAUUCUAUCAACCAUUCGCUCAGGCCAUCGUGCAAACAUUUUUAGUGCAAAAUUUCUUCCACACACCAAUGACAAGCAGAUUAUUUCCUGCUCGGGAGAUGGUGUCAUAUUUUAUACAGACACAGAGCGAGAUGCAGAAUCCAAUCGGCAGAGCCAGUUUAACUGCCACUAUGGAACAGCUUAUGAGAUCAUGACAGUACCAAAUGAUCCUUACACCUUUCUAUCAUGUGGCGAAGAUGGUACAGUAAGGUGGUUUGAUAUUAGAAUGAAGACAAAUUGUACAAAAGAAGAUUGCAAAGAUGACAUUUUAAUAAACUGUCGGCGUGCUGCUACUUCAAUUGCUAUCUGCCCCUUGAUGCCAUUCUACUUGUCUGUUGGGUGCUCAGAUAGCUCUGUGAGAAUAUAUGAUCGAAGAAUGCUUGGCACAAGAGCGACAGGUAGUUAUAAUACUCGAUCAACUACUGGAAUGUGUGCAAGAUUUUUACCACCACAUCUUACCAAUAAAUCCUGUCGAGUUACAUCUCUCUGUUACAGUAAUGACGGACAAGAAAUUCUUGUUAGUUAUUCCUCAGACUACAUUUAUCUUUUUGACCCAAAUGAUGAUCAGGGCCGAGAACUUAAACUCCCUUCAGCAGAUGAGAGAAGAGAACCAGAGAUCCGACAGCCACCUGUCAAACGUCUGAGACUGCGAGGGGAUUGGUCUGAUACCGGGCCAAGGGCUAGACCAGAGAGUGAGCGAGAACGAGAUGGCGAACAAAGUCCUAAUGUGUCACUAAUGCAGCGCAUGUCAGACAUGUUGUCCAGGUGGUUUGAAGAAGCCAGUGAAAACGCACAAGGAAACCUGAGAGGAAGGGGAAGAUCACGAUCCCGAGAUUCUACCACUUGCCGUAGCGGGAUUUGAACCUGGAUCCCUGGAAAAUUUGUCUGCGUUUCAGGAUUAAUCGUCCAGCAAUUGUACCAGUAGGCCAUCACUUCCCUUAAAUGCACCCAGAGCCAUUGCUGAU